GCCAAACAAUCAGAAAACAACGUGUUACAUCUACUAAAUAUAUUCAAACAUAAACAAUCAACUGAAGCUGAAUUAUUAUAAAUAUUAAAAUGGUCCAGGGAAAGUUUAAAAAAGCCAAAUUACCAGCCAGCGUUCAAAAGAAAGAAAAGCAGAAAAACGAGAAGGCAUUUACGAGGAGAUCCAAUGCACCAAUUCAGCCGAAAAAGGCCAAAUUCAAUGAACAGCAAAAAAUAAAAAAUGCCAUUUCAAAAACUGUAAACAAAUCAGUUGAAAAUGAAUUGCGCUCCCGUGCUGUUGAGGGAAAAAUUAAACUGAGCAAAGCACAGGAAGCGGUGGCAAAGCAUCAUCAGGCGAAGGCUGCAGCGGAGGCUGGCUCUUCAACAUCCGCGUCGUCUUAACUGCGUUAUUUUGGUUAAUUUCUUAUAGUUAAAUUCCAAUUUUGAUUGGUUAUUAUAAUAGGAAAUUAUGAAUUCAAUUGUAUAAAUGCACAAAUACACACAGUGCACACAGUGUAUUUACUUACAUACAAACAUGUAUGUAUAUAUAUAUUUGUGUAUUUAUAUAGAAAAUUGUAUUUAUGCCUUUUAUAAUUGUUAAUUAAAAUAAUAUUAAGAAGUAUUAAUCAUAA